AUGGACGACGAGGCAGCCAUUUAUAUUUCGCCGAUGAAGGAAGGGGAUGUGAAAGUCCAGAUUCCCGUCGUUCCCGAUUCUUGCCAUAGCGGGCCACCAGCGAAGAAAGCCGAUGAAAAGUGCAAUAUUUGCGAGCAGAAAAUUGAGUGUCUUGACAAACAUCGAACCCUUUUCCUGAUUGGUCAUCUUUGCAAGGAGCACUUAUUCACCGAUGGUUUUGCAUGUUCGGAAUGCUUUCUUGGAUCGCAUAAACGGGAUAAGGUGGCAAGUCAUGUACAGCAUCAUCAUGUCGGUACGAACGCACGGGUUAUCGACAAGAUAGUUGAGGAGCCUUUACUGAACGACCUCUUGGCCAUUGCUGGACGUUGUUUUCCCGACGACUUCUCUCGCAUUGAGGCCUAUCUCAAGAAAAAGAAGGCUGCUGGUAUGAAGGAAAGAAAGCCGCGCGCUAAAAAAAAAUUUCUUGAGACUGCUACGAGUGAUGUCAGUGAAAGAACGGCUGCUCCAGAAUUGGCGGAUGGCGAGUCGGCUCAGUCACAGUUACUUUUUGGAGGAAUCGAACUGUUUCCAAAAGCAAGUCAUGAAUUCUCAUCGACUGGCAAUGGCUUAAAGGAUGCGUCGCCAACGCCCUUGGAGCUGGUCCUGAAAGGGAUUCAGCAGCAAGGAGCCGGACCUGAAAACCAUGCAGCAGCAAGUGGAACAUCAUCAGAAUCACUUUUUGACAGAGUGAUGCGUUUAGAAGCCGAGCUUGUAGACGAGCGUAACACGAAGAAGCAACUUGCCGAAUUGUGUGAGUUCUACACGCGCGUGCAGUCCAUCGAACAAUACAAGAACGCGUUGCUUUCCGAGCAAAAUACUUUACUAACGAAGAUGGUCUUGGAGAAGCUCGAAAUCGAUGUAGGAAACGGUGCCAUCCUCCUCAAUGAGAACCUU